GGAAGAGAAGCUCACUAUCAGAGAUAUAUCUAUUGCUGCCGAAGCCCAAACCAAACAAGGCGAUACGUUUUAUUUAAUCACUCAACGGUAUCAUAUUCAACCGAAGUUUUCCCGUGCUUAGUCCCAUUUUAUUCCAGAAGCUUAGCCAAUCAGUUGAUGAACUAGGCAUGGCCCACUGCAUAUGAAGUGAGAGGAGAACUCUGAGGUCUUAGUUUCUAAUUCCAACGGAGGCAAAAAAUAAUAGGUGAUUCUUCUCAUCAGUCUAAGCCUUGGUGGGCAGAGAUAUCUGGUGGUACCUGUACAUGUGGGAAGUAGCAACUACCCAAUGGAAUAAUCGAAGUGUGCGCAGAUGGUGGCAAGAAUGGUUGGAAUAUGUGAACCAAAACCAGGCUAAUACUGUAAAUGAUGGAUCUGCUUCUGAGCAUUGGACAGGUGGUUCUAGUGCUUUAAACAGGCCUUCCAGUAUUGAUAAUUCUGACUUGAUAUAUGAAGCAACCUCAGGGGAUUCUAGUGCGGGGAUUGAGCUGCUUGAUACCCUCGUUGAAGGCACCGAUUAUAUAUUACUUCCUCAGGAAGUGUGGAAUCAACUAUAUGAAUGGUACAGAGGAGGUCCUAUAUUGCCAAGGAAGGUGAUCAACUCUGGCCUCUCUCAGACUGAGUUGGCUGUAGAAGUUUAUCCUCUGCGCCUUCAGUUACAUCUGAUGCCAAAAGAUGAACGUUCUACCAUAAGAAUAAGUAAAAAGGAAACAAUUAGACAACUUCAUAAGAAAGCUUGUGAGAUUUUCUCUCUCAGUCCAGAACUAGUAUGCAUUUGGGAUUACUUUAGCCAUCAAAAGCAUGCUUUGAUGAAUGACAUGGAUAAGACGCUCGAUGAUGCAAAUAUACAAAUGGAUCAGGAUAUUUUGGUUGAGGUUGCUAAUGGUAAUUCAGCUGGUGGUGUAAAUUCUUUUCACGAAAAUGGAACAGCAGAUAAUGGAACUGUGGCUCUUGUGAAACCAUCUCAGCCGAACUUCUCAAAUGCCGAAGGGUUGUCUCUGAGCAAAGGUUCAACUAAAAAUGGCACUGCAGAGUUGUCACAGUCACAACAACUUGCUUCUUCAGGAACAGACAAGACCUAUGGGAGCAGUGGUGUUAGUACGAGGGGAUCUGCUUGUGGUCUUACAGGGUUGUUGAACCUUGGGAAUACUUGCUUCAUGAAUAGUGCCAUACAAUGUCUUGUUCAUACUCCAGAAUUUGCUCGGUACUUCCGAGAAGAUUACUAUCAGGAGAUAAAUCGGCAGAAUCCUCUGGGGAUGGUUGGUGAGCUGGCUUUAGCAUUUGGUGAUUUACUACGAAAAUUGUGGGCACCAGGGCGAACUCCAGUUGCCCCUCGCCCUUUUAAGGCAAAGCUUGCUCGCUUUGCCCCACAAUUUAGUGGAUACAACCAGCAUGACUCUCAGGAACUCCUUGCGUUUUUGUUGGAUGGACUUCACGAAGACUUAAAUCGUGUCAAACACAAGCCUUACAUAAAAUCAAAAGAUGCUGAUGGACGACCUGAUGAAGAAGUUGCUGAUGAGUAUUGGGCAAAUCACAUUGCCCGAAAUGAUUCCAUAAUUGUGGAUGUAUGCCAAGGCCAAUACAAGUCAACUUUAGUGUGUCCUGUGUGUAAUAAAGUCUCAGUAACAUUUGACCCAUUCAUGUAUCUCUCCUUGCCGCUUCAAUCUGCCACAACCCGUAGUAUGACAGUAACAAUUUUCACUUGUGACGGAAGUGCACUGCCAGCUGCCUGUACCGUUACAGUACCAAAGCAGGGACGUUGCAGGGACUUGAUUCAGGCACUUGGUAAUUCUUGUUCCUUAAAGCACAAUGAGAAACUUUUGCUUGCUGAGAUACGUGGCCAUUUGAUUCAUCGUUUUCUGGAAGAUCCUCUAAUAUCUCUGUCUUCUAUAAAAGAUGAUGAUCACCUUGCUGCCUACAAGAUUCCAAAAUUAACAAAGAACUCGAAGUUUCUUCAACUGAUCCAUCGUCGGGAAGAACGUGAAAUUGGUAUCUCUCAAAGUAAUGUUGGGUGGAAGCCUUAUGGAACACCUCUUGUUUCACCAAUCUGUUGUGAUGAUGUCAUCACAAGGGGCGAUAUACAGUUGAUAGUUCACAGAAUGCUCUCGCCUAUGCUAAGAACAGAAAAUCCAGGAUUUAACUGUGUUUCUCGCUCUAAGACAGCAGCAGCAGCAGCAGCCAAUGCAUCCCGUCUUGCCGCUUCUAGUGAAGCCUGUAUAGACUCUAGUCUAGCAAAUGAUGAUCCAAGACAGAAGGAUGUGCCUCGCUCAAAAUUGGUGAACUUAGAGAAACUACCUCUGCAGUUGGUUGAUGAGAAUAAUGCAUGCAUUGACCUAACUGUAGGGGAAGAUAAAUCUGUCAAAUUGUCUUCAUCGUCAAUGUCAAUACUUGUAUUUGCUGAUUGGUCUCAGAAGCUUUUGGAAAAUUAUGAUACUCGUUACAUAGAGAAUUUGCCGGAAGUCACAAAGUAUGGACCAGCUACAAAAAAAGCUCGUACUGAACCUCUUUCAUUGUACAGUUGCUUAGAAGCAUUCUUACGUGAAGAGCCAUUGGUCCCUGAAGAUAUGUGGUAUUGUCCUACAUGCAAAGAGCGAAGACAAGCAAGUAAGAAGUUGGACCUUUGGAGGCUUCCUGAAGUGCUUGUUAUCCACCUGAAGAGGUUUUCCUACAGCCGGUCCAUGAAGCACAAGCUGGAAACUUUUGUAAAUUUUCCUAUUCAUGAUUUUGACUUGACAAAAUAUGUGGCCAACAAGAACAACUCUCGACGUCAGCUCUAUGAACUGUAUGCACUAACAAAUCACUAUGGUGGGAUGGGAAGUGGGCACUACACAGCACAUAUCAAGCUUCUUGAUGAAAAUAGAUGGUACAACUUUGAUGAUAGCCACAUAUCACCGAUUAAUGAAGAAGAUGUGAAGUCUGCUGCUGCUUAUGUGCUUUUCUAUCGGAGGGUAAAAACAGAUCAUCAUCAUUCUGCAAGUAAUGGAACAGUGUCUUCAGCAGGUCAACACAGCAUUUCUUCGCAGAAGUAGUCUCUUACCAAUGUAAUCAGCUCUCUUGUACAAAUCAAUGUAUUAAUUUAGAAAUACUAGGAAGGAGUGCAAGUUUAGGCAGUUUAGGGUCUCAGUCGUUUCCCAAUGGCUUCACAAAGUAAAAUAUGUGUGCAAGUGAUGAUCAGCCAAGAAUACUCUUGUACCACUCCUAAGAGGGAAGGAAGAACAAACAUUAAAGUAACAAAGUGAGGCAGAAAAAUGAAGGGAGAGCUGAAAUCAGUUCUACCAAUUGUUCUUCCCUAACCUUUACCCUUUUCCCCUUUUGUUUAGUUCUGGGUUAUUCUCAAGUAUGGUCACUUUUAUUGCAUCAAAAUAAUUAAAUUAUAGUGAUAGUCACUCAA